UCGCGAGCGAUUAGCGAACGAAAAAAAGAAAUUGUCUAUUGAUUCAUCGUUGCCCCACCGAUUUUGUGUGAAUUUUUUACUGGAAAUUCAUCAAAUAAAUUAAUUGAAUGGUGAAAUUUAUAAUUCGUCAUAAUCUAGUGCUUAAGUUUGAUAAAUAUAUAUUUAUCAAAUUGUUUGAUAUUCUUAUAUAUCCAAUGUAUCAAGAUUUCAUCGCUCCGAUGCAUCUUUCCUUUCGCUGCUGUCCUUUGAUUUAGCUUUCGAUUGGAUUUUCGCAAGUUCUAUUUGUAAAUACUCGCGGGAUUUGUGAUAACGAGUCACUUCUGUGUUUGUGCGAUCGAUCGUGUAUGGUGGUGUAGUGGUGCAGUGCAGUGAUUGUGUGUGCCGCAAUGUAUCAGUGAGGGGGCGGCACUGAUCUCGUGGGUGCCUCCUCAGGGUGUCAUGUUGGAGACGCGGUCGGUGCGCGCCGCAGAAUCGGUGUGGGCCAGCAAACCGCUGCCGGCGCCGCACGCCAUGGCAAACGCCAGGCAUGGAAAGAAUGCUCAGGACGAUGUCUGCUAUGUAGUUGCCAAGUAUGACUAUGCAGCUCAGGGCACGCAAGAGCUGGACCUCCGUAAAAAUGAGAGGUACCUUCUCCUGGACGACUCGAAGCACUGGUGGCGAGUACAGAAUGCCCGCAGCCAGUCUGGAUACGUGCCCAGCAACUAUGUCAAGAAGGAGAAACCUUCAUUGUUUGACAGUAUCAAGAAGAAGGUGAAAAAAGGCUCUGGAUCGAAAACCCUGCCGUCGAGCAACUCCCCGGUGCGCGGAGGGGCGGAGUCCCCGGGGCGCGCGGCCGCCCGCGGCCCGGAGCCCGCCGACGCGCUGGGCACGGCGGUCGUCAAGUACAACUACCAGGCGCAACAGCCGGAUGAGCUGUCUCUCACGAAGGGAACGAGGAUUCUGAUAUUGGAGAAGAGCAAUGAUGGGUGGUGGCGAGGGCAGUACCAGGGGCACACGGGGUGGUUCCCAUCGAACUACACGAGCGAAGAGGGCGACGCGGAAGACCCCGUGCACACUUAUGCGAUGGCUGAGAAUGUGCUCGAUAUUGUUGUGGCGCUAUACUCGUUCACGUCGAACAACGAGCAGGAGCUGUCGUUCGAGAAGGGCGAUCGGCUGGAGAUCGUGGAGCGCCCGCCCUCCGACCCCGAGUGGUUCCGUGCGCGGGACUCGCGUGGGAACACCGGCCUCGUGCCCAGGAACUAUCUGCAGCAGCUGCACGACUACCUCCAGCAGCCUUACAGCGAGGCGGUGGAGCCCGCGGGCGGAGCAGGCGGGACAGGCGGGGCGGGCGGGGCAGGCGGGGCGGGCGGGGCCGCAGGGCGCGCGUGGUACUACGGCGCGAUCUCGCGCACGCACUGCGACGCGCUGCUCAACCAGCACGGGCACGACGGGGACUUCCUCAUCCGGGACUCCGAGACCAACGUGGGCGACUUCUCAGUAUCGCUGAAGGCUCCGGGGCGCAACAAACACUUCCGGGUGCACGUGGAAGGCAACCUCUACUGCAUCGGACAGCGCAAGUUCCAAACCCUGGACCAGCUGGUGCAGCACUACCAGCGGGCGCCCAUCUACACCAACAAGCAGGGUGAAAAACUUUACCUCGUGCGUCCCUUGCCGCGCGCCACCAUGGCGUGCUGAGCCGCGACCGCGCGCCAGCCCGUCGCGGCCGAUACGACCGCCGCUCCAUUCAGGUUACCCCACCACUGGGCUUCCUUACGUGACCCACCACGCGGGCCCGAUGCGAAUUAGUGGGUGAGUUUUGUUUUGGGCGUUUUGGACUUUAGGCCUACAUUGGGGACUUUUUAGAUUUACAUUCGAAAUAUCAAAAGUGAUUGUAAUGGUAAAUUUAAUUAUUUUUUUUAUUUGCAACAAUGAUUAACACCUUUCGUGCUGUUUGGAACGAGUUUUUUAAAAACAAAAUCAAAUGCAGUUAAAUAAAAGUACUAGGACAGCAUAAAGUUAAACAAUAUGGUUGAUGCCUCGCGAAAAGGAUAGCGAGUUUAUAUUUCAAUUUAAAAAUAAAAUCUAUAUUUGACAGUAUUAUUUGUGAAAUAACGAUGAUUUUAUUAAAGAAAAAAAUUAUACCGAUAUAAUUUAGAGUAUAUAGACACAAAAUAGUUUGAAUGUUCGUGGGUCAUAUUGGUUAAUAGGAAGAAGGGGUCGUAUCAGGUCUAGAACACGCUCGGCUAGUCAAACCUCGACGAGUUAACUUAAUAAAGUCAUUAAACUAGAUGGACGUGGCAGCCCUCAGUAGUUAGACACCAAAAUAAUAAUUUGCUGCCCGUAAUUUAUUUAUUUAUCAGUGGAUCUAAGCAAUAUUGCAUGGAAAUAGUCGGAAAAUUUUUUUACGCAUCUUCAGAGCGUCGAGACGUGAAGAUGUGUAUGAGAUUUUAAAAGCACUGAUUUUUUUUUCCAAAAUCAUGGACAUCGUUAAGAAUUAAAAAUAUUUGCGUUAAAUUUAAUAGCGUUUGCAGAUAAUAUAGGUUCUGACUAUGUACUAGUAAAUAAUGUAAAGUCAAAUAGUAAUGCACAUUUAUCUUCAUUCCAAACAGUACAUGCACAGGAGCGAAGAGAUUUUAGACGAUUUUCACAUUUCUAUACUUUUUGUAUUUAGUAAAUUGGAAAUGUGGAAUGACAGUCGGUAGUAAAUGAUACAGAUAUAACGCCUUUGUCCCUUACGGGGCAGACAGAGGCUGGAAUCACGAAACUCCUGGUAGGAUCCACAAAUAAAUUGGGUUUGUGAAUGAAAAAAGUUUGUGUCAUUUUGAUAUUUGGUUGGUCGACCUCCAAUCGUGCCUCUACGA